CCCACUUGUGUCCGCCGCCUCUUCCGCACCAAGACAUCACAUCUCGAAGCUAAGAGUGAUCGCUCUUCGGCGUAACUGCUGACGAGCAGCUCUCCAUAAGCCUAUGAGGUCUCGGUUAGUACUACGUUGGAGCCAGGCUCGGUGUAACUGCCUUCGAGGGCGUGUAUCUCAGAUACAGCCAUCCCCUCAACCUCUCUCCAUAUCUGAAAUCCAUAAAUUAUCAUCCCAAACUUAUAAAUUACCCCGACAAGGGCUCGUACAGCAAACAUAUCACUUGCAUCCCCCAAAAUGACGGCCCAGCCACAGAUCACCUCCGUAACCUUCGAAAACACACACUCCCUCCUCGCCAUCGGCCACGCCAAACCCCGCCUCUCGUGGCGCUUCACCCCGGGCUCCCCCGCUGUCCAAAACUGGAGGCAGCGCGCAUACGAGCUUGAAAUACGCCGAGGACAGGGCGAAGGAACUGUAGAGUCGUAUUCCGUCGAAAGCGAGGAUUCUGUCCUGGUUCCAUGGCCGAGCGCGGCGCUGCAAUCGCGCGAUGUCGUACAAGUGAGGGUUAGGGCGUUUGGAGGUGAGAGCAAGGAUGGGACGGAGUGGUCGGCGUGGGUUACGGGUGAGGCGGGGCUGUUGAAUCAGAGCGACUGGGUAGCGAAACUCAUUACGAAUCCUGAUGUUGAUGAGGGUCCAUUGAGGCCUGUGUUGUUCAGGAAGGCAUUUUCGCUGGGUAGUGAGAAGGGGAAGAUUGUUAAAGCGCGGUUGUAUACUACUGCGUGUGGUGUGUAUGAGGCGUAUAUCAAUGGGAAGAGAAUUGGGGAUGAGGCGAUGGCGCCAGGGUGGACGAGUUAUAAGCAUAGGCAUCAUUAUCAGGUGUUUGAUGUGUCUGAGAGUCUGAAAGCGGAUGGAGAUAAUGUUAUUGGUGUUGAAGUUGGUGAAGGGUGGUAUGCUGGUCGCUUGGGCUUUCAUGGGGGCCAGCGCUUCAUUUAUGGAAGAGAACUAGCAUCACUCGUGCAGCUGGAGGUCGAGUUUGCCGAUUCAAGUGAACGUUUUACGCUGAUCUCGGACGAGUCAUGGACGUGUGGGAAAAGCCCAAGGAUUCGGAGUGAGAUUUAUGACGGCGAAGUUUAUGAUAUGAGAGAGGAACAAGAGGAGUGGAAUGAAAGCAUUACUACCCCCAAUGGCGCCACCUGGGAAGGAGUCAAAGUUCUCCCUCCUCUCACUGCAAAGCUCAUCGCUCCAGAUGCGCCGCCCGUUACCGUCACGGAAGAGGUCAACCCAGUCGAAAUUAUCAAGACAAAGUCCGGGAAAACGGUCAUUGAUUUUGGGCAGAACCUGGUGGGAAACCUACGUGUCAACUCCGUCCGACUCUCUGCGGGUCAGAAGAUCUCAUUUACGCAUGUGGAGGUGCUUGAGAAUGGCGAAAUCAGUACCCGGCCACUUCGAGGAGCAGUAUGCGUUGAUACUGUGGUUUUUUCUGAUAAAGUGCUCCGCGACUGGUCUCCGAAAUUCACGUUCCACGGGUUUCAGUACGUGCAGGUUGAUGGGUGGCCAGCUACUAUGGAUGGUGAACUUCCUUCUAAGUCUGACUUUACUGCUCUGGUCAUGCAUACAAACAUGGAGAGGACAGGCUGGUUCAAUUGUUCUGACACCCUCGUUAAUAAGCUCCAUGAGAAUGUUGUUUGGGGUAUGCGUGGCAACUUUUUGUCGAUCCCGACCGAUUGCCCGCAGCGAGACGAGCGUUUGGGAUGGACGGGCGAUAUACAGGUGUUUUGCCCUUCAGCAAAUUUCCUCUACAAUACUGCUGGUAUGUUGAGCAACUGGCUUGAAGAUGUUUCAGAGGAGCAGUUUAAGGAUGAGGAGAAUAUGAUUCCCGGCAUCGUUGUCCCGAAUAUUCUUCGCGAGAUUUGGCCCACGGGUGGGCAGGCGGUCUGGCAUGACGUGGUCGUGCUGACUCCUUGGGACUUAUAUAACUCCUAUGGCGAUGUAGAGAUACUACGCAGACAGUACGAGAGUAUGAGAGGCUGGGUAGAUAAAGGAGUUGCCCGUGGCCCAGAUGGUCUCUGGGACCCAUUGACCAGGCAGCUCGGCGACUGGCUGGACCCAGCAGCCCCUCCCGAUGAGCCGUCUAUGGGCCGCACCGACGGCGUGUUGGUGGCAGAUGCCUAUCUCGUCCGCGUCACAUCGACACUUGCGCAGAUCAGCGCCAUCCUCGGAUGCCCCGAAGAAGUAGAACGCUACUCUGCUGACGCAGUAAAACUCAAAGCCUUGUUUCAGAACAAAUACAUCACUCCUCUUGGUCUCCUCGUGAGCGACACCCAAACCGCCCUCUCCAUUGCCCUUGCGUUCAAUCUCCAUGAGCAACCAGUACAGGCCGAAGCAGCCGCAGAGCGCCUCUCUCGUCUUGUCCGCACUUCCCGCUUCCGCAUCUCCACCGGUUUCGCUGGCACUCCACUCGUUACGCAUGCAUUGACUCGUUCAGGACAGAGCCAGCUCGCCUACCGCAUGCUGCUCGAGCAGAAGUGUCCCUCAUGGUUGUACCCCGUCACCAUGGGCGCGACAACUGCAUGGGAGCGCUGGGACAGCAUGCUCCCCGACGGAUCGAUCAAUCCAGGAUCUAUGACAAGCUUCAACCACUACGCCCUCGGGUCGGUGAUUAACUGGCUGCACACUACUGUUGGAGGGAUUAGCCCCUUAGCGCCGGGAUGGAAAGAGAUAAUGGUCAGGCCUGUGCCCGGGGGGUCACUGACGUCGGCUGAGGUCAGGUAUGAGAGUCCGUAUGGACGGAUUGAGUGUAGUUGGACGUUAGAGGGGACGAAGUUUGCGAUGAAGCUUGAGGUCCCGCCGAAUUCGACUGCGGUGGUUAUCCUGCCUGAUCAGGUGUAUGGAGCGGUGGAGGGUGGUAAGGGGCAGGUUGUUGGUUCGGGGACACAUGAGUUCUCUUGUGUGUUUGAGAUGGGGCCUUGGCCGGAGGAGAUUUUUGAUCCGUUUAGGGCGGAUUAGAGAACUAGUGUCCUUAUGGUAGCGAAUUGUUAUCUGACGCAUUGUAUUUAUGCGGAGCUGCCAUUGGGUAAGGAGUAUUUACACUCUUUUGCUAUGCCUGGGUAGAUCAGUGGAUGCGUGAUAUGGUGAGUGGGGGCGCGAAUCAUGAUCUGCACGGACAACAGCGUUAUGCUGUGCUCGGGGUCGGGCCAUCCCGCCUUAUUAGUUUUAUCAAAAGAGUAUAAAUACUCUUUAAGCCUCCGAAGGGUUAUCCCGCCUUCCACUUCAUGGCAGCCUUAUUCACAUCCUAUUUCACAGGCAGCUUCCCAAGGAAUGCUGAAUAUAGCAACUUGAAUACAGUACGUUCAAUUCUGCUACGCUUAAGGAGCAAAGCCACGAAUACUAUGAUAUAUCAAGCGUUCGCUAUGAAGGCACGUCUCGAAAGGGGAAGCUCCUUGUGCAGAGAAAAGAAAAAGAAGACAAUAACACAACCACAUCUUCGAUCUAGCAAAUGACUCAUAGCUCUUUCAACGCGUGUGCGCCCCUCUCCUCACUCAAACUCCGCUUUUGAUCUACUUCUUCAGAAAGGUGCAGUCUAGGCAGCCUGCGAGCCACGCGUGGAGGGUCGAAAAUAUUGUUGGACUGCAAAAAGAUCUCGUCUAUUUCCUCGAGCGUGCGGCCCUUCGUCUCGGGGAAGCAGAAGUACACAAGCAACGCGAUGGCGGCGUUGAAAACGGCAUAGAUGAUAAAAUACUUGUGCUUGAUGGUGUUUAGGCCAACUGGUGUCACCUCCGCCACCAUGAAGCUAAAUGCCCACACAGUCGCAGUGGAGAUGGCAUUGGUUGCCGCGCGAUGUUGUAGGGGCGCGACCUCGGCGGCGUAUAGGUAUGGUAGACCCGAAAAGCCGAUCGAGAAUAUGCCCUCGAACAUAUAGACAAAGACAACAGCCACGAUUAGCGCGCCGCUGUUGCCAGGGUUCGAAGUGGUGCCAGCAAGGAUCGCCAUGCAGAUACACAAGCCUAUUGAGGUCCAUAUCAUGAGGAUUCGGCGUCCUAGGCGCUCAAUAGUGAAAUAUGCAACAACUCCACCUGCUAUGUCGGCAAAGCCAAUGCAUGCAGACAAGAUACGAGCAUUUACUGGAUCCAUUCCCAGGAAUCCUUCGAACAGAGUCGUCGUAUAGAGAGUAAUUGCGUUAAUACCGCAUAGCUGCUGGAAAAACUGGCCGGCAGACGCGAGGAUGGUUCGAUGCAUGGUUCGUUGCCUGCCCAUUUUGAACACGCCCCACCUGGAUUCGGACGAAGAGACAGAUAGCGAAGCCUCCAUGUCACGAAUGUCGAAAUUAAUCGCGUCCGAGUCGGGCUCAACGUCCAAUAAUAGGGCUAGAAUCUCACGCGCUUCAUCGCAACGACCCUGUUUGACUAGCCAACGUGGGGACUCAGGUAGGAAUGCUACAAAGCCUGCUACCAUGAGUAGUAGCACGAUUUGAAAGGCAAACGGGAAUCUCCACGAUACGGAAUUCGAUCCGACGAAGUAAAAUCCGAGAUCGAGGAACAAGGCAAGACUGAUACCAGAUCCGAUGAAGGCCGUGUUGGCGACUAGGCUGGCUCCACGAUCACUUGCGCGCGAGAGUUCUGAUUGCCAGACAGGGACUGUUGCCAGGUACCCGCCGGUUCCCAGACCAAGUACUAGCCUGGCAACUAUAAGUUGGGCAGUUCCGAAUGCCGUUGCCAUCAGAAUUGCACCGAUCAUGGCUACCGAGGCAGCAAUGGCGAUGACACGCCUACGUCCCAAGCGAUCGCCGAAAUAGAUGCAUAAUAAAGAGCCGAAAAUUCCCCCUAUAUUAUACAGGCCCAUGACGGUUCCUAUUAGAGCACGUUAGAAAACUUGAUCGGGGCGAGGCCAACGGUUCUCAACGGCUACCAACCUAGGAUUUGGGAGUUAUAAUGUUGUUCGGCGCCCGUAGUAGUGAUUGUAUUCAACAGGGGGAAUGUCUCAAUAAAGGAGUUGAGGGUCAAUAACCCCCCCAUCACUGCCAGAUUGUACGCAUAACAACCAAACGCCGGCCACACAACCAGAAACACAAUUGCUCUAUUGAGCGACGAGCCCCGAAGGCCAAAAUAUUUCUUCAUUUUUGGGCAUCAAUGGAACGAACAGAGAUGGGGAAUGCCAAACUUACAUCUCCACAGAUCAGCAUAUUUCAUAUAUCUUUUUUUUUCGCGUAUUUUGUUCCCGAGGGUUUGAGCGGGGUAUGCGCGGCGGCUGCCGCCGAUAAGGACGCCAAGCUUCUGACUUGUGGGGUAGUGAUCUGCCAAGUUUGUGGGGAAAGUGGCGGUCCCCGAUAACUGGAAAUUCAACCCCACACCUACAGGCGAUGACAUUGCAUGUAUGAGUGCUAUAUAGUAAAGCAACUGUUUGUCAUAACUUCGGAAACGAUCGAGCCUCGGUGUAGACGACCUUGAGCGGCAGCUUUCGGACUACAACAUGAUUGGAUUUCUCUCAUUGACCACCUCACUUACUUCAAUCCCCUGUUACGCCACCACCCCGCGUUACACUAUUCCCCGCAUUCCGCCAUCUUAUUUCUCCCGAGAUUUGCGCCACAUUCUUUCCUACAUUAUCGUGCAUCCGGGCUCCUAUAAUCACUCGAACCUCUUAUCUCCGUUAUUUCUCAUGUCGAUAUAUCGUAUCUGCGUUAUUUCUUAUGUUGGCAUCUCGUCAAUACGUAAAGGUCGGAAGCGGCCGGACACCGAGCCAAGACAC